AUGCCGAUCCAACGAUCACCGAAGGAAACGCAGCGUUCCGAAGAGGAAUCUGGACUCUUCAAAGGAUUUCCUGAUGAAGCCGCAGCCAAAGGAUCCAACAUUGCUGCCGAUGCGGCAACCGCGUCGCAACUCAACCCGCUAUUCCGGCAACGUAGACAGGUGUUUCAAAAGGUAAUCCGUAUCAGAGACAUCGUAGACAAUUCCGACAUUCCAGUCAACAUUGCCCAGCUGAGAUUGUAUUCCCGGAAGCUUCCAUCGCUGUCCGAAGAGUUCUCCAAUUUCCAUAAUAGAAUCCUGGCCAUCAUUCCCGACAACGAAAUGGAAACUCAAGAAGCGGAAUGUCUACAGUUUGAAGAUGUCUGUGAUUUUACAUCCACCAUCGUAGAGGAUUUACUAAUGCAAUAUAACACACCUGAAAUUAAAUCGUCAGCACCAUCGCAGGUAAUCAUUCAGCAGCAACCUCUCAAAGCUCCUAUCCCGACGUUCGAUGGAAAAUACGAGAACUGGCCUCGUUUUAAAGCAAUGUUCCAGGAUAUAAUUUCUCGGUGUUCUGAUUGUGAUGCCAUCAAGCUUCAUCAUUUAGAUAAAGCUUUGAUUGGCGCAGCAGCAGGAAUUAUUGAUGCAAAAACACUUGCUGACAAUAAUUAUACCCACGCGUGGAAUUUAUUAGUAGAUCGAUUUGAAAAUCCACGAAUAAUUAUUGACUCACACAUUGGAGGGUUAUUGAACAUGAAACCGAUGAAAAAGGAGUCCCAUGGUGAAUUGAGAGAGCUGCUGGAUACGUGCACCCGUCAUGUUGAAGGACUUAAAUUUAUGGGACAAACAAUCGAUGUGAUGUCUGGCUUGAUUGUUGUUAAGCUUUUAACAUCUUGCAUCGAUUCCGUUACACGAAAGCAAUGGGAGCGUACUCUCUCCCACGGCGAAUUACCGAAUUUGGAACGCACUCUCAAUUUUCUGAAGGAUCAGUGUCGUGUUCUUGAGAGAUGCGAAUCAGAGCAAUCUCACCACAUGAAAACCACCCAAGAAAAGGGACCGCAGUUCAACUUCAAAAGGAAUAGCGUGAAAGUGCAUACUGCAACAUCCGAUAGCAACGUUAUUUUAUGCCAGUUCUGUGGGGAAGAUCAUUACAAUUACUUGUGUCCGGAAUUUUGUAAGCUGUCAUUACCCGAGAAGUUGCAGAAAGUGAAGGAUUCACGAGUAUGUUUCAAUUGCCUUCGUCGUGGACAUCGCAUAGCUGAGUGUUCAUCCAGAAAGUCGUGUUCGGUGUGCAAGAAACGUCAUCAUAGUUUGCUGCAUAACGAUGUGAAGAAAUCCGAAGAGAAUGCUGUAUCCUGCGUACGAGACAACACUAGCGGGCCGACCGCUCAUUCCCAACAACGGAGAAGAGAAACUGAAUCAACCGUGUCUUCUUCUUGUUCCUUCGGAGGUUCAACAAUUCUGCCAAAUGUUUUACUCCUCACUGCUAUGGUAUAUUUACGUGGUAAGAAUGGUAAAAUUGUUUUAUGCCGUGCAUUUUUAGAUUCCGGAGCGCAGACCAAUUUAAUCUCCAUGUCCAAGUAUAAUGAAUUGGGCCUGGAAGGGAUUCCGGUUAACAUCGACAUUGUAGGUGUCAGUAGUGCUCGCAGUAAAUCCAAUCGUUUAGUAGAAGUUAGUCUCAUGUCCACCUAUAAUAAUUAUGAAACAGAAUUGAAAUGUUUAGUUACUCCCAAGAUCACAGGAACAUUACCUCGUAGCCAAAUUGACAUCGCCAAGUGGAACAUUCCUACUAAUUUACAUAUGGCUGAUCCUCAAUUUCAUAAACCCGCAGAAGUGGACUUAUUGAUUGGUAUAGGUCAUUUCUUCAAGUUAUUGAAAGGCGGAUAUAUUUAUAUCGCCGAAGGACUUCCAGAAUUGCGUGAAACAGAGUUAGGUUGGGUCGUGUCGGGAGAAAUUCAGCUAGGAUCAUAUGUCAGCCCUCAACAUGUUAAUUCUGUUACAAUAGAAUCUUUAGAUACCAUCAUAAAGCGAUUUUGGGAAGUAGAGGAAAUAGAGACGGAAGUAAAUCAGUCAAAGGAAGAACAGGAAUGUGAAGAAUUCUAUCGCCGCACUCACAAACGAGACCAAACAGGACGUUUUAUUGUGAAACUUCCGUUUCGAGAAAUAGUAAACCAAAUUGAUGAUAAUCGUUCACUUGCACUUCGCCGUUUCAUGUUUUUGGAAAAGCGUCUUCGCAAGGAUCCCGAUCUCCAACAGCAAUAUUCAGAUUUUAUUAAAGAGUACGAAUCGUUAGGACAUUGCAAAGAAAUUAGAGAAGCAGAUGACCCUCCAGGUAAAUUGAGAUAUUACUUGCCACAUCAUGCCGUAUUACGUCCAAUGAGUUCCAGCACCAAAUUAAGAGUUGUGUUUGAUGCUUCAGCUAAAUCACCUUCUGGUACAUCUCUCAACGAUGUUCUACAAGUUGGAGCAGUUGUACAAAGUGAUUUAUUGGCAAUUCUCCUAAGAUUUCGUCAGUAUCGUUUCGUAUUCACUGCAGACAUUACUAAAAUGUAUAGGCAGGUUCUUGUUGAUAGUAACGAUACGUCUUUCCAACGAAUAUUCUGGCGUGAUCAACCAGCGGAUCCUCUUCGUGUUCUGGAACUGGUGACAGUAACAUAUGGAACGUCUGUGGCACCAUACCUGGCAACUCGAUCUUUGGUUCAGCUUUGUGAAGAUGAAAAAGAACUAUAUCCAUUAGCAUCUCGUAUUAUCAAACAAGAUUGUUAUAUGGACGAUAUCCUAUCAGGUGCUAACACUUUAGAAGAUGCGGUUGAAAGUAAACAUCAAAUCCAAGGAUUAUUAGAACGUGGAGGGUUUCCAGUUCAUAAAUGGUGCGCCAAUAAUGGAACUAUUUUAGAGGGAAUACCAGAAGCGAAUCGAGAAAAAGUGGUACAAUUCGAUCCAGAGUUUGCAAAUGAAGGAAUCAAAACGCUUGGCCUGAUUUGGAAUCCCACCAGUGACGAAUUCCGUUUCAUGCUGCAAAAUUGUUUGAUCCUUUAG